AUGGAGGAUGUCAGCAAGCUCAAAGAGAUCCCUCCAACUCAACCACCGUCUCUGUUGGAACGGAAGGCUCGACAUCCGCAGCCCACGUUUACGUUCCUCAAAUCCAAGCUGAAGCGGAGCGUGAGCUGCUCUGUACCUCGAGUACGCUCCACCUUGUCGGGCUUUUUCCCUGUGGUGCGCUGGCUGCCCAAGUACAAACUGCGAGAGUAUGUGUGGGGGGACGUAAUGUCCGGCUUGAUCGUGGGAAUCAUCUUGGUACCACAGGCCAUUGCCUACUGCCUGCUUGCUGGAGUGAAGCCCAUCUAUGGAUUAUACACAUCAUUUUAUGCUAACGUUAUCUACUUUCUCAUGGGGACAUCCAGACAUGUUUCUGUUGGCAUCUUUAGCCUGAUGAGUCUCAUGGUCGGACAGGUGGUCGACAGAGAAGUCUUCCUCGCUGGAUUUGACCUCAACGAGGACUCAUCUGGUUCUCCGGGAUUCAACGGUUCAUUCAACAUCAACGUAACAACAAGUCAAACUGUGGAGCUAAUGGGUGUGCCCUGUGGGAAAGACUGUUAUGCUAUUAGCAUUGCUGCUGCUCUAACUUUCCUUGCUGGAAUUUACCAGGUCAUGAUGGCAGUGUUUCGUCUUGGCUUUGUCUCCGUCUACCUUUCGGCUCCCAUGUUAGAUGGUUUUGCCACAGGAGCCUCCUUCACUAUCCUGACCGUCCAAGCUAAAUACCUCUUGGGUCUCAAGAUCCCUCGUCAUCAGGGUUACGGCUCAGUUGUCGUAACCUGGUUUAACAUCUUUGCCAACAUUCACAAGACCAACAUGUGUGACCUCAUCACCAGUGCCAUCUGUAUCACCGUAUUGGUGACAGGUAAAGAGAUCCAGGAACGCUACAAAGAUCGUUUAAAGAUCCCUCUACCCACUGAGCUGGUCGUGGUUGCUGGAGCUACGUUGGCCAGUCAUUUUGGGAAUCUCAACAAUCAUUACAGCACAAGUAUUUCAGGUCACAUCCCCACUGGCUUCAUCCCACCUGAAGUGCCCAGCUUUAGUCUAAUGCCAAGAGUAGCACUGGAUGCCAUACCUUUAGCUGUCAUCAGCUUUGCCUUCACCGUGUCUCUGUCCGAGAUGUUUGCCAAGAAACAUGGCUAUACUGUUCGUCCCAACCAAGAGAUGUUCGCCAUUGGCUGCUGUAACAUCAUCCCGUCGUUCUUUCAUUGUUUCACCACGAGCGCGGCUUUGGCAAAAACUAUGGUGAAGGACUCAACGGGUUGUCAGACACAGGUAUCAAGUCUGAUCAGUGCUUUUGUCAUCCUGCUGGUCUUGCUUUUCUUCGCGCCUUAUUUCCAAGCGCUCCAAAAAUGUGUCCUUGCCUGUAUCAUCAUCGUCAGCCUUCAAGGAGCACUGAGGAAAUUCAAGGACGUACCGGCCAAGUGGCGAUCCAGCCGUAACGACGCAGUGGUUUGGCUGGUCGCCAUGUCAGCCACCGCUCUGAUCAGCGUCGAGAUCGGCCUACUGGUUGGCGUCACUUUCUCUAUGUUCACUAUCAUCUAUAAGACUCAAAACCCCAAGGUGUCUCUCCUGGGCCGAGCUGGCAACUCAGAUCUGUAUGAAGAUAUGGAUGAAUACCAAAACCUCACGCCACCAACACGAGUGCGAGUCUUCCGCUUCCAGGCACCUCUCUAUUACGCCAACAAGGACACCUUCCUGAAAGCCCUCCACAAAGCUGUUGGAGUAACACCUUUCUUGGAGAUGACCGGGAGGAAAAAGGCAGAGAAGAAGGCCAAAAGGACGAAGGCUGAGGCAAACGGGGAGGCUAACAACGGAGAUGUCGUUGUGUCCCUCGUGCAAAGAGAACUAGACUUUCACACAAUCAUUUUGGACUGCUCUGCUAUCCCCUUUAUAGACUCCACGGGCAUGUCUGCAAUUAAGGGACUGCUGAAGGAGUUUGAGGAGAUUGGCGUUAGAGUGGUCCUUGCCUGCUGUAAUCCAUCCCUCAUUGAUACUUUGCAGAAGGGACAGGUUUUUGGACAAGAAGGCAAAGACAUGAACAACACCUUGUUCCAUACGGUUCACGAUGCUGUAUUGCAGGUUAACAUUCAGCAGAGGGACAAGAGCUCUGAAGACUCUGUUCUGUAG